CACAGAAUGGCCUCGGACCCCCAGGCGGCUCCUGACGUGUCGGGGAGGAGCCUGGCGCUGAGGUCCGUGGAGUGGAGCUUGGGGCUGCGGAGAGAAGCGUCGCUGAUCGGCUGGGCGGGCCUGGCCAGGCCAGCAGAGCAGAGACGUCGGUCGAGCGGCUGUGAACAUGAGCUUUUGACACAUUAGAGGCUUUCUUGAUCAUGGAUGGUGAAGAUAUACCAGAUUUUUCUAGUUUAAAGGAAGAAACUGCUUAUUGGAAAGAGCUUUCCCUGAAGUAUAAGCAAAGCUUCCAGGAAGCUCGAGAUGAGCUAGUUGAAUUCCAGGAAGGAAGCAGAGAAUUAGAAGCUGAAUUGGAGGCACAAUUAGAACAGGCAGAGCAAAGAAACAGAGACCUACAAGCUGAUAACCAAAGACUGAAAUAUGAAGUGGAAGCACUAAAGGAGAAACUAGAACAUCAGUAUGCACAGAGCUACAAGCAGGUUUCUGUAUUAGAAGAUGAUUUAAGUCAGACCAGAGCCAUUAAGGAGCAAUUGCAUAAGUAUGUGAGAGAGCUGGAGCAGGCCAAUGAUGACCUGGAGCGAGCAAAAAGAGCAACAAUAGUUUCCCUGGAAGACUUUGAACAGAGGCUAAAUCAGGCCAUUGAACGAAAUGCAUUUUUAGAAAGUGAACUUGAUGAAAAAGAAUCUUUGUUGGUUUCUGUACAGAGGUUAAAGGAUGAAGCAAGAGAUUUAAGGCAAGAACUAGCAGUUCGGGAAAGACAACAGGAAGUGACCCGAAAGUCGGCUCCCAGUUCUCCGACUCUGGACUGUGAGAAGAUGGAUUCUGCUGUCCAGGCCUCGCUCUCCUUGCCGGCUACUCCUGUUGGCAAAGGAACAGAAAACAGUUUUCCUUCUCCGAAAGCUAUACCAAAUGGUUUUGGAACCAGUCCACUAACUCCUUCAGCUAGGAUAUCAGCACUAAACAUUGUGGGGGAUCUCUUACGGAAAGUAGGGGCUCUAGAAUCCAAGUUAGCAGCUUGCAGGAAUUUUGCAAAGGACCAAGCAGCACGAAAAUCUUAUAUUUCAGGGAAUGUUAACUGUGGAGUGAUGACUAGCAAUGGCACAAAGUUCUCUCGAUCAGGGCACACAUCUUUCUUCGACAAAGGGCAAGAAAAAGUCAUAUUUCCCACGUUGUUCAUGGGGCAGUAAAUGGCUUUGACCCUGCGCCUCCUCCUGGUCUAGGCUCCUCGCGUCCGUCAUCAGCACCGGGUAUGCUGCCUCUCAGUGUGUGAGUGCCCGGCCUCCAGGUGGAGGCUCCUGUCCUCCUCCGGCAACCCAGGACACCCACGCCUCACCCUUUGGUGCCUGGGCCCGCCCUGUGCCCGUCUUCCUGCCUCCCCAUGGCUGGCAGAGGGCAGGCUGCAUGCAGUGGUGGCUGCUGGGCCCGGCCCGGCCCCAGGACUGCGCGAUCUCAAUACUGGCUAUUUUCUCUUCUUGCCGUAGUGCCGUUGGUUUCACAUGAUUGCACUUUUGUGGGUCACAAGGUGAUACAUACAUGUAUUACUUGGUCACUGGAUGCAGAAGUACCCAUUCAUCACACCUGCCUCAUAACCCCCACUCUGCUGUGCUGAUAGGAUUUAGUUGUGUUUAGGACAUUGAAGAUCUCUAGGAGUUCUCCCCUAAAUCAGGUUAACGUGUGCCCUCAUCCUGAGUGCCCAUCUAAGCAUCUUCAGUGGUCAUAAUCAUGUGUCCCCAACUCAUCCAUACAGUUUGGACCUGUUUCCGGCGAAGAGUCAGGAAGGUCACUGAAUUAGGGAAAAAUGUCUGCACCUUCUGAUUUUCCGUAAGCACUCACCAUUCCAUAUGCUUGCCUCCCAAAGCAGCGAGAUGCUGUCUGAGCCACAGUGGCAGGAGCCUCCGGGGCCUGGGCACUCCCAAGGCUGAGCCUCUGCAUUGCUUCCUUUUCCACGUGCCUCAGACUCAGGGGAGGUAGGUGGCAGCCUCCUCACCAGCUUUCUGGUCUUUCAGUUGAGUGAUAUUUUCAGAUUUUUGUUUUCAUGUCUGAGGGUCCAUCCAGUUUCCAAGGGAAGGAUUGGGUGGCCUAAUUCUGGGGGCUGGGGGCACCAGCUCCUAGGGCAGACUGACCAAAAGUGGUUGUUCCUGUGCAUCCUUUGAUUACUCUCAUGCUGCAUUUACUGUUUACAUUUGUUUUAUUGUACAUAGGUUUGUAAACAUUAUUGCCUAAGAUAUUUGUAUAUAACUUGGGCUUUGUAGCUUUUAUUUAUUCAGAACUCAUAUGGCAUGUUAAUGACUUAUGAUGGUGUCCUACUCUGGGCAGUUGUAUAGGAUCAUCAUGUGGUUAAAAAUAUACUUCCCUUCCUUUCCCCAAAAUCUUUUAAUGUGGAAACAAUAAAUUUCACAGAAAAAAGAAUUGGAGUUG